CAUGGCAAAGUUCAGUUCCAGAAAAAAAUCCUCCAUUUGGGUCCCCAACGGUUGCAUCUUCUUCCUCGGAGGAGCACUCACAACCCUCCUUCUCCUCUGGGGUCUAUCCUCCUUCAUAAUCCCCAUCCCAAACUCUGACCCAGAACUCAACCCUGUCUCCACAAAACUCAGUUCCCUCCAAUUCCCCACAAACACCGACGCACCAGAAACAACUUUUUACGACGACCCCGAAACGAGUUACACCAUGGACAAGCCCAUGCACAACUGGGACGAGAAGAGAAAACAGUGGCUUUUGCAUCAUCCUUCAUUCACCGUCACGACACAUGAUAGCAAGAUCCUCGUCGUGACGGGGUCGCAGCCGAAGCGCUGCCACAACCCCAUCGGCGAUCACCUUCUAUUAAGGUUCUUCAAGAACAAGGUUGACUACUGCCGCCUCCACAACUACGACAUAAUUUACAAUAACGCCCUAUUGCACCCCAAAAUGGGAUCAUACUGGGCCAAGUACCCGGUGAUCCGAGCCGCCAUGGUGGCUCACCCGGAGGCCGAGUGGAUCUGGUGGGUCGACUCGGACGCGGUCUUCACCGACAUGGAGUUCACUCUCCCUCUCAACCGCUACAAGGACCACAACCUCGUUGUCCACGGUUGGGAAAAUCUCGUACGUGAAAACCGUAGCUGGACGGGGCUUAACGCCGGCGUUUUCCUCAUGAGAAACUGUCAGUGGUCGUUGGAUUUUAUGGACGUGUGGGCCAGCAUGGGCCCAAUGUCCCCGGAGUAUGAAAAAUGGGGGGAAACCUUAAAAUCCACGUUCAAGGACAAGGUUCUUCCGGACUCGGACGAUCAGACGGCGCUGGCAUAUCUGAUCGCGGUUGAGAAAAAAUGGGCGGACAAGAUCUUUCUGGAGAGUGAGUACUAUUUCCAAGGCUACUGGUUGGAGAUUUCGAAGACUUACUAUAACGUUAGCGAGAGGUACGAUGAGGUGGAGAGAAAGGUUAAAGGAUUGAGGAGGAGGCACGCGGAGAAAGUGAGUGAAAGUUAUGGUUUGAUGAGGGAGGAGUAUUUGAACGAUGUGGGAGAGUGGAAGAGGCCUUUCAUCACGCAUUUCACUGGGUGCCAACCCUGCAAUGGACACCAUAACCCUGCGUAUGAUGCUAUGGAUUGCUGGAACAGCAUGGAGAGGGCUCUGAACUUCGCUGAUAAUCAGGUGUUGCGCGUCUAUGGUUACAUGCGUAAGGAUCUCUUGAAUAAGGCCAUUUCACCUAUACCUUUUGAUUAUCCCAAUGUUGUGUAGAUUUACUCAGGUAAAUAAAUAAUGAUGAAAUUAACU